AACAGUUCUAAAACCACAUUCAAGUAGUAGUGGCUUGAAUUAAUUCAUCUAAAAACUAACGAAAAUCCAUCGAUAUUAUUAACCUUUUCGCAAGACAGUCAUGUGCUCUUCCUUCCGCUUAGCAACAGCUAUUGUCUUCGCCGCUUUUGUUAUGGCCUGUUACCUUAUCGAAGGCAGCUACUCUUUGCCCUCGAUUGGCCAUUAUGGCAAGCGUUUCGAUUCGAUUUCAGGCAUCGAUUUCAUACAAAUCUGUUUAAAUAAUUGCGCUCAAUGCAAAAAAAUGUUUGGGGAUUAUUUUCAAGGUCAAAGCUGCGCUGAAUCGUGUUUAAAAUUUAAAGGCAAGGCUAUACCCGACUGCGAAGACAUUGGAUCCAUUGCGCCUUUUUUAAAUACUCUGGAAUAAGUUGUAAAAUAAAACCUCGCUUCACUCGGGUGAUAUAUUGACGCAGGAUAAUGGCAUUGCUCCUUAGAUUUAAUUAUAAAAGUUUUCAUUAUAAUUUCUGAUGGAAAAUAGAAUUUCGUUGUAGAAAAUGUUAGGCUUACCCGGAAUACAUUUUAGCAGGUGUGUUGUUAGCUUAGUGCUAAGGAGCUGCAGUUUACAAUAUUAGGUUUACAUAGCGCAGACACGUAGUUUGUUCAAACGCAGUUUCAAAUGAAGGAUUGCUCACGCAGCAAAAGUUCACAAUGAAUUUAAUUUAUUUUUUGUUUUUUACUUUUUUAGAAAUUAUUAGCAUACACUCAGGCUUUAGUUAUUAAUUUUAGUUAAUAAGCCCUUUAAGUGCACAGGAUAUGCAUUUUUUGCCAAAACGAGUUCCUAAUAUUAUUUAAUAUCA